AUGAUUGCAGGGGGAACGGAUACAACCACCGUAACAGUAACAUGGGCGAUCGCUCUUCUACUAAACCACCGCCACGUACUGCGCAAGGCGCAGGAGGAACUCGACGGCGUCGUCUCGAAGGAAAGAGCGCUGACGGAAGGGGACAUCGGGAAGUUAAUUUACCUGCAAUCCAUCGUUAAAGAGACGAUGAGAAUGUACCCGCCGGCGCCUCUGUUGGCGGUGCGGGAGUUCGUCAGGGACUGCGACGUGGCAGGUUACAGGGUCCGGAAGGGCACGUGGCUGAUGGUGAAUGCAUGGAAGAUUCAGAACGACCCAAGCAUGUGA